CCAUUGGUGAGGUAUCGCAUCCUGCCUGGGAAGGACUGGAGCACCCCUGUACAACUCAUCACCUGGGGCCGAGGCUACGCCGCUGUCCAAACACCCGGAGGACCAGUGUGGGUACCUGUGAAGUACGUCAAGCCUCAUGUCGUGGCACAAGGGACUGAAGAACCCCAUACCGAGCUUCAACAUCAACCUGGCCGAGACCGAGACCGGCAUGCAGAACCGGAAGAGAGGACCGGGGGCUCAACCCCCUCCUGUGACCUGGGGAAUGAUAAAAAACCUAAGCCGACAGGCCACUGAUAUCGUGGAGAAAGAAGGCUUAGAAAAGACUCCUGAGAACUGUACGCUGGCACUAAUAGCAAGUUUGAAUGCCAAUUCUUUGUGUCUCAUCACGAUCUUCUGCUUACUAAUGGGGGUGGCGGGAGGCCAAAGUGUUUUUGCCCCGGGCCAGAACAUUUGGGAAACCCUUGCCCUAUCCAUCAACCAAACCUCCUUUUGCCUGUCCCAGCAACACUCAGUAGGGGAAGCGUUGAAUACAUGUCUCAUUCCUGUGUGUCACUCCUCUCAGGACAUCCAGAAUGAUACAUGGUUCUACACUGACCUUCCGGCUAAUCACUCCCUCAGAAGUCUGCAAUAUCAAUAUCACAAUUGGGGAAAACAGCAUAAGCGCUUGUUCCCCUUGGCCAUGCAUCUGCAGACUCCCGUCAUUGCAUCCCACAACGCGACUUGCGCUAGGAUGACAAGUUGCACAGACAAGUCUUGUGUCCACCUGGGCAGUAACCAUGAGCUCAAAUGCUCGACCCAGGUCCACGUCCCAUACAUUCAUCAGUAUGUGGAAUUACCAAGGGGAUGGUUCUGGACUUGUUCAGGUCACACGUUCAAUUAUAUCCCCGCAAACCUCACGGAUGGCACAUUGUGUUGCCUCAGCCGACUAACCCUCCUGCUGCCCCCACGGGAGCUGGGGGGCGAAAAUCGGCGAAGCAAACGCUCCGCAGGCUUGCAUACGCUGGAUGAGUCCUGUGAUUCCAGCGUCAAAAUCAUGUCCCCUGGUGAAUAUCUGGCUUUAGGGAUCUCCAUUGUGGGGGUCCCAGGGCUCGCCGUUGGCAGUGCCAAGACUAUUGGAAAGCUCGCCUGCUGGGCUGUCAAGAGCUUAAACACCACUUCUACUGCUAUCAGCUUGUUAAACCAGGAGCAGUCAGAGUUGAGGCGCGGGCUACUCCAAAACAGGGCUGCCAUAGACUACCUUCUGCUCCUUCACCAUAAGGAGUGUGAUGAGGUACCAGGGUUAGAGGGGAUGUGUUGUUUCACCAUCACUGACAAUAGACAGAGAAUAGACAGACAGCUAAAAACCAUGAAGGAACUCGCCCAGAGCAUAAGGAAGUCCAGCCUUGCAGAUUGGCUUUUGCAAAAGACAAUGACGACCACAGAAAAGCAACUGGUUGCAGGACUGUUUAUACUUAAUAUAAAAGAUAUUGCAGAAGAUGACUGGUCGGUCCUGUGA